GUAAACAAACGUACGUAUUACUGCCUCCAGUAGCGAGGAGGCCGCGGACAGAUAGACAGUGAGUGACAUGCAGUCUCCACCGGGAGCGACAGGUGCUUGCGAACGACAAACUUACUGAACAUGGAGAAAGUGACGAGUGAUAUUACCAUCCAUGUCCCACCUCCGGGGCUGGGCGCGCGGCACGGGCAGGCGGCGCUGCUGUUCCUGUGCAUGGUGCUGAUGUUCUGCAUGCGCGCCAACAUGAGCCUGGCCGUGGUGGGCAUGGUGGCCGUGCAGCCGCAGCGGGACCCGCCGGCGGCGGACUUCAGCUGGGACGCGCAGCAGCAGGCCGUGCUGCUCUCCUCUUUCUUCUGGGGCUACGUGUGCACGCAGAUCCCGGCGGCGCAGCUGGCGCGUGCGUGGGGCGGCAAGCGGCUGCUGCUGGGCGCCAUGGCCGUCAACGCCGCCGUGUGCUGGCUGCUGCCGCUCGCCGCACGCGCCGGCGGGUUCGCGCUGGUGUGCGCGUGCCGCAUCCUGCAGGGGCUCACGCAGGCGGGGCUGUACCCCGCCGUGCACCACCUCAUCAGCCAGUGGGUGCCGCCGCAGGAGCAGGGCCUGCUGGGCUCCAUCAUCUACUCCGGCAGCGUGCUGGGCAUCGCGCUGCAGCAGCUGGGCGGCGGCUGGCUGGCGGCGCGCUGGGGCUGGGCGGCCAUCUUCUACGCGGACGCGCUGCUGGCCUCGCUGUGGGCGCUGCUGUACCUGCGCCUGGGCGCCGCCGCCCCCGAGCAGGCGCGCCUCCAGCCGCGCGAGCUCGCCUACAUCCAGGCCGCCUGCAGCCGCACCGGGGAGCAGGAGGUGCACCCGACGCCGUGGCUGGAGAUCGCCAGCUCGAGGCCGUUCUGGGCGCUGGUGGCGGCGCACUGCGGCCAGAACUGGGGCUUCUUCACGCUCAUGACCGAGGUGCCCACCUACAUGGCCACUGUUCUCAAGUUCGACAUCAAAUCUAAUGGCAUAUUCUCGUGCCUGCCGUACCUGGCGAUGUACGUGCUGAGCCUGGCGCUGGGCGCGGCGGCGGACGCGGCCGUGCGGCGCCGCUGGCUGUCCCUCACCGCGCAGAGGAAGCUCUCCAACACUAUCGGUCUGUGGGGCUCGGCGGGCAUGCUGGUGGCGCUGGCGUACUGCUCGGACGUGCGCGCCGCCGUGGCCGCGCUCACCGCCGCCGUCGCGCUCAACGCCGGCAUCUUCACCGGCUUCAUGUUGAACCACAUGGACCUGGCGCCGAACUUCAGCGCGUCGCUGAUGGGCGUGAGCAACUUCCUCGCCAACAUCGUGUCCGUGGUGGCGCCGCUCGUGUGCGGGAAGAUCCUGCACGAACAGUCGGACCCGGUGCUGGCGUGGCGGCUGGUGUUCGUGGUGGCGGCGCUGGUGUACGUGGCCUGCAACCUGGUGUUCCUGCUGCUGGGCACCGCGCGCCGUCAGCGCUGGGACGCUCCUCCGGACCAAGACGACCUGGAAUUGAGUUCUACACGGAAGAUCAACUCUACAGAACGAUAAUUUAGAGAUAACUAUAAGCACAUAGAUAUAAUAAAUAAUAAAGCAAACCGUAAUACCUAUUGAA